GUGCAGAACAAUGAGUUGAGCUGAGCUCUUGAUGUUACUCGUUGGAUUUGUCUGUAUAUAUAAGUAUAUAAGAUUGCUCUGAAGGUUGUUGUUGUGGAAUACACAAAUACAGUAACUUGUAUUUACGCCAAGACAACAAUGCGAGUGCUCAACAAUGUUGUGACAACGCCCAGGGUAAUGGACCCUUCAGAGUUGAUGAGGCCUGAAGUGAAGUUUGCAGAUAAAGAAAUCGGGGCCUUCAGAGAUUAUAGUAUUGAUGAGAAUGAUCCAAUCAAGGAGCGAGUACGUCUUACAUAUCUUCAGAUGCACACAAACCAGACUGUGGAAUUCGUCAAAGAUCGCAGGGACCACUGGCUUCAGUUCAACACUUUCAAGGGAAAUAUCAUGGACACUCUGGUGAAACUGAAUGAACUAGUGGACGAGAGUGACCCAGACACAGACAUCCCCAAUAUUGUACAUGCAUUCCAGACGGCAGAGCGCAUCCGUGUAGACUAUCCAGAUCAAGACUGGUUCCACCUCACUGGCCUCAUUCAUGAUCUUGGGAAGGUGAUGGCUUUCUAUGAUGAGCCUCAAUGGGCUGUGGUAGGAGACACAUUUCCCGUGGGAUGUGCUUGGGCAGACUCCAUUGUCUACCGUGACACAAGUUUCAAAGACAACCCUGAUGGAGACAAUUCAAACUACAACACAAAGUACGGCAUAUACAAGCCCAAAUGUGGCCUGGAAAAUGUUCUUAUGUCCUGGGGCCAUGACGAGUACCUCUACCAGAUAUUGAAGCACAACAACAGCAAGUUGCCUGAAGAAGCUCUGUACAUGAUCAGAUUUCAUUCAUUCUACCCAUGGCACACUGGUGGAGACUAUGACUACUUGUGCAAUGAGAAGGAUUUGGAGAUGAAAAAGCACGUACAAACCUUUAACAAAUAUGAUCUGUACACAAAGAGCACAAAGGUUCCUGACAUCGAAGCUCUAAAGCCCUACUACCAGUCUCUAAUUGACAAGUAUAUCCCUGGACUCCUGGAAUGGUAGUUUUUGUCAUCAUUCUUGAAACUUUUUUAUACUAUAAGUUCCUGCUAUUACAAUGUCAUAACUUUCAAUAAAUAUUCAAAGUGAUUAUUUCA